CUCCCCCUUGUUCCACGUAUUCUACCGGUUUGCUACUUCCGGUAAAAACAAUAAGGUUGAAAAUAUGGCAAAUCGGGGGAAGAAGGACACAACCCCCCCUCCCCUGCUGUUAAUGUCAGCUGGAGGAGGAUUAACACUCAACCCUCCCGAUCAUCCGAAUGUGUUUAUGCCAGUCAUUCAAUCUGAACCACCCUUGUUUGUACCAGAUGAAGAAGGAGAAGCUGAUAGUUUUGUGGGUCAAUCAUUUAAUCCAACCCCAACCAAACCAACAACGCUAUCACAACCAGGAACAUUUAACAUGUUUCAGCCACCUGGAUCAACUAAUGCAGAUCUAUUUGCUGCUGCUCCACCAACAUCAGCAUCAGAUCCCUUUGCUCAGGUUGGGCAUAAUCCAAGACCCCCACAUACGAAGAUGGAAACACAAAAGAGUCAGCCAUUGGCUCCGCCAGCACCAUCUGUAGCAUCUAACCAAUCGGCAUCCACUUUUCAGCAGUUUCCACCUCAGUCUCAAACAGGACCGGUUUUUGGUUCUGCUCCCUCUUCAUCACCAGGAACUCCAGUGAGUGGAAAUAUGUUUCGUAAACAGGGACGACCACAAUAUGCCCAACUUCCUCAAGGAACCUAUGCAAAUGCUCCAUCAACUUCCAAUCAGUUCCCUUCAAAUCCAAGUUCACCCUUUGUUCCUCCACUGGCUCAUUCUUCUCCUCGACCUCCAACAGCCAUGGUUCCUCCAAUGUCACAGCAGUCUUCAUAUAACCAGUCUCAGCCUUAUUACAACCCGGCCCAACCCCAAUCAUCAACUAGUAGUUUUGUAUAUCAACCUGUACAGUAUCACUGGUGUUUUAGUACUAUAGUAGAAAAAAAACUCAUCUGGAAACCAUUUACAAUCCGAGAUUCAUUAAAAUUAGAAGAGGCCUUUCUUACAGGUUUAAAACAGGAUCUAGAUAAUACUAUUGUAUCAACUGAUGGUGGUAGAUAUGAUGUCAAUGUUGGUAAGAGAGAGCGUAUUGCUAUAUAUUGGGAUGAAGAUGUUAAACAAGUUCAACGAUGUUCCUGGUUUCACAAGAAGGAAGGAUCGCACAGAUAUUUUCCUUAUGAUGAAGAAUUUUCAUCAAAACUGGAGGAAGAGUAUAGAAAUGCUGUAGAAAACAAUGCAUGGCAUAAAAGAUUGGAAUUCCCCGGAGGAGAGACAAUUGUGAUGCACAACCCAAAUGUUAUUGUCCAUUUCCAAGCCUCAUCCCAGCCUGAUGAAUGGGGAACCGUUCAGAGUGUUUAUGCAUCACCUUUGGGAGAUCAGAUGAGACCUAAAGUUGUAAAACGAGGAGUAGAUGAUUUUGAAACAAUAGAAGAUGGUGAAUCAAACCAGAUAGAUCAUCUAGUAUUUGUAGUACAUGGUAUUGGUGCAUAUUGUGAUGUUAAAUUUAGAAGUAUAGUUGAAUGUGUUGAUGAUUUCCGGUCAAUAUCUCACAGUCUAUUAGACAGCCAUUUUAAAAUAUAUAAAGAUACUGGUAGAUUAAAUAGAGUGGAGUUUUUACCUGUACAUUGGCACAAGUUUCUACAUUCUGAUGCUACUGGUAUAGAUAAACGAUUAAAAGCCAUCACAUUACCAAGUACAGCCAAGUUACGAGAGUUUGUUAAUGAUACAUUAUUAGAUAUUCUAUUUUAUACCAGUCCCGCUUACUGUCAGUUAAUAGCUGAAACAGUAGGAAGAGAAAUUAAUCGUAUUUAUCAGUUAUUUUUAUCAAGACAUCCAUCAUUUAAAGGUUCUGUCUCGGUGGCUGGUCACAGUUUAGGUUCUUCCAUUUUAUUUGAUCUUUUAUUACAUCAAAUUGAUCCUAAUGCACCUAAGGAUAUGACCACACCCCCAACUGAGGUACCUGCUGAAAAACAUGUACAGGAAGAAGAAAAAAACAAAGAGUUAAGAGAAGAAUCUCCUGAGUUAAGUUUAGAAGAUUUAUUAGAGAAAGUUGGUCUACAGGAUAAACUAGAAGUUUUUACACAAGAACAAAUGGACAUGGAAGCCUUGAUUAUGUGUAGUGAACAAGAUCUGAAAGACUUGGGUCUACCUAUGGGACCUAGAAAAAAAUUACAAGGCCUUCUAGCUGAAGAACAAAGCAAAAAGGUAAACCUGCUGCACAACAGGAAUCUGAAGACACUGUGUUGA